CCGUUUGGUGGGUUGAUAUUUCUUUCAGUUGUUGUCGGCUAUUUGCGUGGUGCAUGUGUACAGGUGGACCUAAACCAGAUAUGUGCUUGAUAGUUGUACCUCUUGUUUAGUUGGCACGGUUGCUGAGCUAAAUGUGCAGAAGGCCCCUGAGGCUGAAGUGACUUAAGUAUUCUUUUCCUUCUGGGAAACGCAAAAUUCGAGGAUUUAGAAAUGAGAUUAACAAUGGAAAGGAUUAUAAGUUGUCUUGCUUUCUUAGUGAUUGCGACAAGGCCUCUGGAUGGACAGCACUUUGGUCCUUCGGAUCAACCGGAAGCUUACUUCAAUGGAUCAUCUUACAUGCGACUGCAGACGACGAUGUCGUUGAAGAGGCAGACCGGAUUCAGUUUCAGGACAUGCAUGGGCGGAGAACUUAUCUCGCAGCAGCUCAACGAGAAUGUAGUUGAGGUGAGCGUGAACAGCGAGGGCAUCCGGUUCAUGGGGAAGACCUCCACCGUGCAGUACGAGAAGCUCAUCCCUGGGGAUUACUUGAAUAAUGCAUGGCACGUCGUCAACAUCAUGUACCGACUUGGUAACCUCACGAUGACCGUGGACAAUAAAAUCGUGGUGCUCUUGGCAAACGCGUCUUUCAGGCCUGAGCUUCUGAACAGCCCCGGAUUGUACAACGAAGGCGCAGUUCUCAUUGUCGGUAAACAUUAUAACGGUUGCAUCAUGGAAGGUCCUUCGAUACCUUUCAACAAAACCAUAGUGCAACCGCACAAUGUGCUGUUCACCAAGUGCCCGAUUCCUUAUGAAACAUGCACCGUGACUUUGGUGGAUCAGAUGCAGCAGAGAUCAUUUGAUUUUUGCAAGACUGAACCUUGCAUGAUGCACGGAGCUUGCAAGAACGAGGAGAACACAUACUCGUGCAUUUGCUCGCCUCGAUACACCGGCAAGAAUUGCGAAUUCGAUACGGGAAAUCCUUGCGACAGGGUACCGUCGAUUUGCAGAAACGGCACUUGCAUCGAUGAUCCUUCAGGAUAUUACAGAUGCAAUUGCUUUACAGGAUUCACAGGAAAACAUUGCGAAACAGAGGUGAAAACGCAUCCGUUGUGCGCGAUGAAUCCGUGCCAGAACGGCGGAAAUUGCCAGGUUAAUGUGGACCAAGUGGAGUGUAAAUGUCCGGCCGGAUUUUCCGGAAAGUAUUGCGAAAACAACGUGAACGAGUGCCAGCCGAAUCCGUGCAAGAACAACGGAUUAUGCAAGGACGGAUCGAACAACUACACGUGCGACUGUUCACGAACUGGAUAUACGGGGUUGAACUGCGAGGAUAAUAUCAACGAGUGCGAUUCGAAGCCGUGUCAGAACAAAGGCAUCUGCUACGAUACCUAUGGAGGGUAUUUGUGCGAAUGCAUCCCUGGAUACGAUGGGGAUAAUUGCGAAGUGAAGAUGAACGAGUGUAGCUCCUAUCCUUGCCUCAACCAAGGCCAGUGCGAGGAUAAAGAUGGCAGCUUCGAGUGCCACUGCAAGAUAGGUUUCGGUGGUCAAUUCUGCGAGUACGAACUGAGGAAGGGAUUGUGCGAUACCAGCCAUUGUUCGCCUUACGAGGACUGCAAAGAGGUCUUCGGCGUUCCCAAGUGCGUUUGCAAACCGGAGUAUGCAGCUUUUCCAAAUUGUAUCCCAGUACCGCAACACCCAUGCUUAAGCAAUCCCUGUCUGAAUAGCGGGAAGUGCUCUCAGUGGAUGGGUACCUAUAACUGCACCUGCCUUCUAGGCUUCACAGGGUCUGCAUGCGAACGUAAGAUAACUAGCUGCAACGAAACGGAGGACCAUUUCUGCCAGAACGGAGGUAUGUGCAUCGAAGAUUCGGAAUUCCCGCGGUGCCGUUGUCCAAGAAGUUUUAAGGGCACUUAUUGCGAGAGAAACGCUAAUUGUAGCGAUCGACUCUGUAAGCAUGCCAUUCAUUGCAUCGAUUAUCACGGCGGAUAUUAUUGCAAUUGUCGACCGGGAUGGACUGGGUACAAUUGCGAUAUCAACAUAGACGAAUGCUCAGAAGAUCCGUGCAGGAACGGUGCAACCUGCAUCGAUUUGAUAGAUAAGUUCAAGUGCAAAUGCACGCCAGGAUACGAAGGCGAAAGGUGUCAUAUUAACAUCGACGAUUGCGCUAAGAUGCCCUGUCAGAAUGGAGGUACCUGCAUCGACAAUUUGAAUGGAUUUACUUGCAAUUGUACCGAUCAAUGGAUGGGACCGACGUGCGAAAGACUGUACAAUGCCUGCGAUUUGAAGCCGUGCCAUCACAAUGGUACUUGCUUGGUUUCAUCCAACAUGCACGACUAUACCUGCAAAUGUCUGAAUGGAUACGAAGGAUCUAAAUGCGAAAUAAAUAUUAAUGAUUGCUUGGGAGUUUCCUGCCCUGCCGGUAAAGUCUGCGUGGAUCUGGUAGGAACCUAUGAGUGCCAAUGUCCUCCUGGAUACGGAGGAGAGUCCUGCAAUUUGGAUAUCGACCCGUGUCUUAAGAAUCCUUGUCAGAACGAGGGGAUUUGUGCGUUGGCGAAGAACGGACAUAACUACACGUGCCAAUGUCCACCCAAUUACAAAGGUUUCCAAUGCACUGUUGAUGUAAACGAAUGCGAAACGUCUGAGGCUAUUUGCAACAACGGAAUUUGCGUUAAUACCGAGGGCGGAUUCGAAUGCUACUGCAAACCUGGAUAUUCUGGUGAAAGAUGCGACUUGGACUUUGAUGAGUGCCUUUCCCAACCCUGCCGUAACGAAGCCGCUUGCGUCAACAAAAUCAACAAUUAUGAAUGCGUUUGUCCUCAUGGCUAUAGUGGCAAAGAUUGCGACGUGAACAUAGACGAAUGCGAAUCUAAUCCUUGCGAGGUGGGAUCCACUUGCAUCGAUGGAAUCAACGAGUAUUCCUGUAUUUGCCAGCCAGGUAUGACUGGAAAACAAUGCAAAAUAAAUAUCGACGAUUGUAUGUCUACGCCUUGUAUGAAUAAUGCUAUUUGCAUUGAUGGGCUUAAUUCGUAUACUUGUGAAUGCAACAACACCGGUUACAUGGGAAUGCAUUGCGAGAUCAACAUAGACGAUUGCAUAGACAACCCCUGCAUGAAUGGAGCAACUUGCGAAGACGGCGUUAAGGAUUACAAGUGCAUCUGCGGAGACGGAUAUGCGGGUAAGAAUUGCGACGUGGAUAUAAACGAGUGCGAAAGCAAUCCCUGCCAGAACGAUGGUACUUGUCUGGAGAAGAGCAACGCUACACUUUACGCCCUCGCCAAGCACGACAACACUUUACCACCGAUCUUCAGGCGCGACUUCGACUAUUCGGAUGCGGCUGGAUACUAUUGUAUUUGCGCCUUCGGUAUGACGGGAGCCAACUGCGAGACGAACAUAAACGAAUGCCUGAGUUCGCCUUGCGUGACGGGCACUUGCUUGGAUAAGAUUGGAUAUUAUGUUUGCGAGUGCGACGAAGGGUACGAAGGUGAUCAGUGCCAAUACGAGAUUGACGAGUGCGAGAAGUUCAAGCCCUGCGUGCACGGAGUCUGCGAGGACAAGAAGGCAAAUUAUUAUUGCGAUUGCGAGCCGGAGUACGGCGGUAAGAAUUGCUCGGUCGAGUUGACCGGAUGCAUCAAUAAUCCGUGUGAGAACAACGGAAGCUGCAAACCGUAUUUGCACAACGAAACGGUGCACAGGUUCAAUUGCACGUGUCCUCAUGGUUUCCACGGUCAUACGUGCGAGAAGGUAACUACGAUGAGUUUGAAGGGGGAUUCCUUGAUCAUAGUGAAUACGACGAGGGACGAAGGGCACGAUAUUCAGUUUAGGUUCAAGACCACUCUUAGCGAUGGUUUCUUGGCUUUAGGUAAAGGCUCUACCUAUUACAUUCUGUCUUUGGCUAAGGGAAGGUUGAAUUUGCACUCGAGUUUGCUGAAUAAAUGGGACGGAGUUUUCGUUGGCUCCAAUUUGAAUGAUAGCAACUGGCAAAGGGUUUUCGUUGCUAUUAACUCUUCUCAUCUUGUUUUAUCUGCCAACGACGAACAAACCAUUUAUCCCAUUAACUACAACGAUAAUAACGGAUCGUCCACCAGUUUUCCUACAACCUACAUUGGAGGCUAUCCGAAUAAUCACAGAAAAUUAACUCAUGGUCAACCGUUCCUCGUUGGUUGCGUCGAAGAUGUAAUCGUUAAUGGAGAAUGGGUGCUUCCGGAGACGGAGAACUCGUCUUGGGUGAGCUUCCAAGCUGUCGGCGUUGGGUGCCACAGAGAAGCACAAUGUGAGCCAAACCCUUGCCACUCUGGAGGUCACUGCACUGACUUGUGGAGCAACUUCAGCUGCGCUUGCGAAAGACCUUAUCUAGGCUACACUUGUCAAUACAACUAUACUGCUGCCACUUUUGGUUACGAGAACAUUACAGAUUCUCUUGUAACUGUAGCUGUAACUGAUGCAGCGCGAAGGGCGGUUCGUUCAAUCGUGGACAUCAGCAUGUUCAUAAGAACUCGUCAAUCUUUGGGACAGAUCUUUUACAUGGGUUCAGCUUUGGCAUCGGCCAACUUGCAAAACGAAAGUUAUAUCGCAGCUCAAUUGGAGGGCGGCGAGUUGUUGGUGAGGAUUCAAUUCAAUGGUACAUUUGAAGGAUAUACCGUGGGUGGUGUCAAAUUGAACAAUGGUUAUAACCAUUUGAUCGAAGUCAUCAGGAACGUGACAUUAGUACAAGUAAAAUUGAAUGGAACCGAGUAUUUCCGCAAGACCAUUUCCGCUACCGGCACUUUGGACGCUCAGGUCUUGUUCUUGGGCGGACAGCCUCAACUGAGAUCCGUAAGACAAACUAGCAAUGAGCUACUCAAUGUCGCUAAAGCUGAAGUAUCUGCCGCCUCUGGAUCGGAUCUUCCCUCAAAAACACCUCCGUUGAGCUUAAUACACUUCAAGGGUAUUAUUCAAGAUGUUCAGAUCAGCGAUGGUUCUAAAGACAUGGUGGUGGAAUUCUUCCCACUUAAAGCCGAGGAAUUGAGUAUUCCUAUGUCUUUCGGUAAAGUUUCCUUUGAUAAUACAACAGUGUUGGAAGGUGUGUUAUCUGAUAAUUCGUGUAAGGUGAAUCCUUGUCAUAGAAACGGUGUUUGCAGAAUCACAUGGAACGAUUAUAUUUGCGAUUGUCCGAGAGGUUUUAAGGGCAAGGACUGCAAAGACCUGGAGUUCUGCCAAUUGGAAAAGUGCCCUCCCGGAUCGAUCUGCAAGAAUCUGGAGGAUCGUCAUCAGUGCAUGGCCAAUGUCACCUUCGAUGGAGAAACCUCUCCGCUAAUGUACGAAUUGACUGUUCCAGUGAACAGAAAGAAGGCUUUCAUCGUGGAAACAAUUGAGCUCAUGUACAGAACACGAUCUUGGGGAACGGCGCUCUUUGCCAAACAUCAAUCGAAUUAUUUCACGAUCUUCAUUUAUCACGAUGAGGUGGUAGUUGAGUGGAGCAUCAAUGGCUUCAGCGAAUCCAAGAGGUUCAGGAAAGAGCAUUUCGAUGGUCAAUGGGUGACGUUACUGUUGAAAUAUAAGGAUUCCGCGAUGAAGGGUGGCUUCAAGGAGUUGGUCAUCGAUGAUACGCCAAAUUUCAUAGUACCCGAUUUCGAUUUGGUCAAUUUUUCGAAGAUUUUCUCGGAAGGGUCUGUUUACGUGGCUGGAAGCGAUAACAACACUUUCGAUUAUUGGAGCGUAAUCAAGAAUGGUGAUUACAAUGGAACGACGUAUUUGACUUUGGCUACUGACACGACUACGGUUGAUCCGGUAAUUGCGAGUAGCUCUGUGGAUUUCUUGGAUACGGCUUUUCCUUCUUACAAGGUAGAUUUGAAGAAGAACAGCGAUUUGUUCAAGGGCUGCUUGAGCGAUAUUCGAAUUGGAAAAUUCCUUUUGCCGUAUUUUACCAUGAAGGAGUUGUAUUCGGAGAAGAAGCCUUCGGUGGAAGAGUACUUUGAACUUCUUCCUAGCCAGAAGCACGUGCUGGGAUGUAAGUUGUGUUACGAGAAGGAUUGCUACAAUGGUGGAGUAUGUUCGAGCCCGAAUUCCACGUACAAAUGUGAUUGUCAGAAUGGCUUUGCCGCUGAUGAUUGCUCCAUAGAUAUAAACGAAUGCGAAGACAAUAAGUGCAAGAACAACGCCACUUGCUUGGAUCAGAUUGGAACUUAUGAAUGUGAAUGCGUUUCUGGAUAUAUGGGGAAAUACUGUGAUAUUGAUAUUGAUGAGUGUGAAAGCAAUCCUUGCCACAACGGCGGUACCUGCAGCGAUAGGGUCGGGAUGUUCGUGUGCGAAUGUCCGGAGAAGUUCGUUGGUAAGCAGUGCGAGGCUUUAAGGCUGAUCACGUGCGAGAAUCAGCCUUGCAAGAACGGAUCCACUUGCCAAAACGGGAAGAACGAUAUGACUCAGAACAACUUCACGUGCCAUUGCGCUGAAGGGAUGGUCGGAGAUCUCUGCGAUACUCCAUACUGUUUGGUGAAAGGACAAGGGUGCGAGAACGGCUUCUGCAACAUGAGUUCCAAGGUGCCGAUCUGCCAAUGCCAGUUAGGAUUCGAUGGGAAGUACUGCGAGAUCAACGUGGACGAUUGCGUCACCGCCACCGGGGAUAGUCCUUGCUUGAAUGGAGGCGUGUGCGUGGAUGGUGUCAACGAAUACAAGUGCAAUUGCACUGGGAUUGGAUAUACAGGUAUGCUUUGCGAGACGGACAUCGACGAGUGCUUCGAGAAUAAGGAAAUAUGCGGUCCGAUAAGGAAUUGCACCAAUACGAUGGGUUCGUACAAAUGCUCGUGCAACAACAAUAUGUGCGGUAAUUUCUGCAACCUCGUCGAUCUUUGCUCGGAGAAGCCUUGUGGGAAUAAAGGCGAAUGCGAGGCGAACUGCACCGAAGUCUCUGAUUACGUGUGCACAUGUUCCGAGGGUUGGAGCGGAAAGAAUUGCACCGAAAGUUUGGUGCGUACGGCUGCUAACGAAGGUGGAGUGAACAUUUUGUACAUCCUGGUGCCAAUCAUUUUGCUUCUGGUAAUAGCGUUGGUGUUAGGUCUUGUCGUACUGAUCAACGUGACGAGAAGCAAGAGAGCAACGCGCGGAACCUACAGUCCGAGCGCCCAGGAAUUCUGCAAUCCACGAGUAGAAUUAAACCACGUCCUCAAACCACCACCUGAAGAAAGAUUGAUCUAACCUGAAGUGAAACGACCAAACCAAAGUUUCUUCCUGUAUUUUUUUUUAAUCCCGCGCCUCCUACAAUUGGAACUGGUUAAAAAAGAAAAGAAAAAUGUUUGUACAUAGUUUAUUAUUAUUAAUUUUAUUCCGAUGAACCUCCAAAUCUUGGAGAUAUGGUCACUGUUUAUUUUUUUUUAAUAUGCCACGAGGUUGUGGUGUUCGCACGAAUUUUUUGUUUUGUUUGGGGAAUCGUUAUGAAAUCCGAUUUAUUUCAAAUGUAGCAGAGACUUAUGGAAAAGAAAGUUUCCACGUGUUUUAGAAAAUUCCUGGAUGUUUGAAGCGACGGCCGUAAUUCUUCAGUGAAAUUCAAAUCUGAUGCUUCAUUCUAGUCACUCAUCUCCAGUGGUAGCAGAGUUAUUCCCCAAA